GGCUGUUCCCGGGGAGGCUGUGAUGGGUUGACAGGUGCGUGACAGUGGGAGCUGCUCUCGGCACAAGCAUGUACGGCAAAGGCAAGAGUAACAGCAGCGCCGUCCCGUCCGACAGCCAGGCCCGGGAGAAGUUAGCACUCUAUGUAUAUGAAUAUCUGCUCCAUGUAGGAGCUCAGAAAUCUGCUCAGACAUUUUUAUCAGAGAUAAGAUGGGAAAAAAACAUCACAUUGGGGGAACCGCCAGGCUUCUUGCAUUCUUGGUGGUGUGUAUUUUGGGACCUCUACUGUGCCGCUCCAGAAAGACGUGAAACAUGUGAACACUCAAGUGAAGCUAAAGCCUUCCAUGAUUACAGCGCUGCAGCAGCUCCCAGCCCAGUGCUAGGAAACAUUCCCCCAGGAGAUGGCAUGCCAGUAGGUCCUGUACCACCAGGGUUCUUUCAGCCUUUCAUGUCACCUCGGUAUCCUGGAGGUCCAAGACCACCACUGAGAAUACCUAACCAGGCACUUGGAGGUGUCCCAGGAAGUCAGCCAUUACUGCCUAGUGGAAUGGACCCAACGCGACAACAAGGACAUCCAAAUAUGGGUGGACCAAUGCAGAGAAUGACCCCUCCAAGAGGAAUGGUUCCCUUGGGGCCACAGAACUAUGGAGGUGCAAUGAGGCCCCCUCUGAAUGCUUUAGGUGGCCCUGGAAUGCCUGGAAUGAACAUGGGUCCAGGUGGUGGUAGACCUUGGCCAAACCCAACAAAUGCCAAUUCAAUACCAUAUUCCUCAGCAUCUCCUGGGAAUUAUGUAGGUCCUCCAGGAGGUGGAGGGCCACCAGGAACUCCCAUCAUGCCUAGUCCAGCAGAUUCUACCAAUUCUGGAGAUAACAUGUAUACUCUAAUGAAUGCAGUACCUCCUGGACCCAACAGACCUAAUUUUCCAAUGGGCCCAGGGUCAGAUGGUCCAAUGGGUGGAUUAGGAGGAAUGGAGUCACAUCACAUGAAUGGAUCUUUAGGCUCAGGAGAUAUGGACAGUAUUUCCAAAAAUUCUCCCAAUAAUAUGAGCCUGAGUAAUCAGCCUGGCACUCCAAGGGAUGAUGGUGAAAUGGGGGGAAAUUUCUUAAAUCCUUUUCAGAGUGAGAGUUAUUCCCCGAGCAUGACAAUGAGUGUGUGAUCCAUUCCCGAGCCUCCUCUGACAACAACAGUGAGUCAGCCUUCUUCACAGAACUACUACAGAAGAAAAUUAUUCAUCGCCAUGUACAGUUUAACAAACAAAAGGAUCUCGGUCACAACCAAACCAACUCUAUUUUUUUCCUGCUCUCUCCCUUAUUUUGUGAAGAAAGCAGGUCCAAACGUGAUACAAACAACUGUACGGAGUGGCAUAUUAAAAUUGCCCUAAAUUGAACUGCAAAUAAUUAUCUGUGUAUGUAUAUGUGUGGGACAAUGAAUGUACUGUAUAUGUAUAUGCUAUAUAGACAUAUACAUGCACACAUACAUACAUGUAUCCACAGGACAUUGUAAAAUAAUUAUCACAUGACAUCUUAAGUAGAAAUAAGUAGGGACUUUUAUUCCGUCUUUUUUCACGUUUACAUUUUAAUUAUUAAAAGUUACUUUUCCCUCCCCCUGAACUAUUUUGUGCUGUGUAUAUCACUGCUUUAUAUAAGUUAUUUUUUAAGGUGAAUUCAGAUGUUAUGGUUUUGUAAAUGUCUGCAAUCAUGGAUAGGAAUAAAAUUGCUUAUUUGAGAGCUUUCAUUAAAUGGUGUCUGAUGCAAGUUAUCCUGUGAAUCACAAACUGUACUGUCUCAAGAAAUAGAAGAAAGCUUGUCUUGAUUUUUAUGUCAAAAUCUACCAAUUUCUCACUUACUUUUGGUGAAAGUUUUUUUGUACUUUGCCUUUGGGGAAAAAAAGUGACUUUAAAUAUGGCCUGAUGCAGCACAUUUCUGCAAUUUUGGGUUAAAAUGAAGGUUUCAAAUUUACCUUAGUCUAAACAAGAAACUACCAUUGCCACAGUUGUUUUCCAAUGUAGCAAUAAAGCAGCAGUUGUCCCGUUUUCAGAAGCAUAUUUUGUGCUUGCCAUAAUCAACCAAGAAGGCAUAGCUAGGACAUUUACUUUAAUGUGCUGUCAUUUCUCACCAGAAAUACCAGAGUGAGACCUUCACUCACAUUGCUGUCAUGAAAUUUAUCCAGAUUGAUUGAAGGCAUCACACAGGUCAUGCCUAUGGGUUGAAAGCAAAUGGGUUGGAAUUGUAACUUUCCACCAAAUGGAUAAAAAGGAAAAUUUUUGCCAGUCUUGGAAAACCACCGUCAUUGUCUUUUCUGCUUCCCUAUUGACUUUUAAACUAGUAGAAGAGCUGAGAAAUGAUGGAUUUUUGGCCUUUUUGUACAUACCACUUCACUGGCAGGCUCCUUCUGUGACCCUCCCAAAUAUUUUGUGCUGAUAGAAGUGAAAGGAGCGGUACCUACUUUGCCUCCCUUAUUGUUUUCAUCAGGGUAAAUCAGCAUUCCCUGCCAAAGAGCCAAUAAAUUGGUGAUUAAAAACCACAACUCAUCUAUGUUGGUAAAGAGACAGUAGGAUGAAAUAAAAAAAACCUGUAUUUGAAUCUUAACUCAUCUCCUUGCUCCCCAUAUCAUGUUGGGCAAGUCACUUAAGAUCAGACGAUCAUAGAUUUUAGCAUGGACCUCUCUGGAACUUAGUGUCCUCAUCUGCAAAAUGAAGGGGUCCCUAUCAGCUUGUGAUCCUGGGAGAGAACCUUGUUCGGUGGUAUUCUUGCUUUGUUGGGCUUUAUUAUGAAAAACCCUCUUGAGACAGGCCCAGCUUUCAACAACAGCAGAAAGGUGGGGGACGGUCUCACCUUAAUUUCUGAAACAAAAGUGAGUCAUAGAUCACCCUGUCAAAAUCGUGAUGUAGAAUAUUCAUCAGUGACCGUCUAGCAACGGUAGCUCCAAACUCGGGAGACUAUGAGAAGGGACUGUUUGAUCUUAGGUGAGGAGAAUCUUCUAUCUUUUGUAGGAAAGGCCUAAAGUCUUUAAUAGUUUUAAAAAAAAAAAAAAAG